AUGACGAGCAGCCGGGACCGCCGCAUCGCCAAGGAGCUGGCCGACAUCCAAGCCGACCGAGAUAGCUCCGGCGUGUACGCAGCGCCCGCCGACGGCGUAACUCUCAAGCACCUCAAGGGUGUCAUCCCCGCGCCCCCGGACACGCCGUAUGCGAGCGCAACGUACGACAUCGACAUCCAGAUUCCCGACACGUACCCGUUCAAGUCGCCGAUCAUGAAGUUUGAGACCAAGAUCUGGCACCCCAACGUCAGCAGUCAGACGGGCGCCAUCUGCCUCGACACGCUGGGCAGCGGGUGGUCGCCCGUCCAGACCAUCAAGACGGCGCUCCUCUCGCUGCGCAUGCUGCUCGAGGCGCCCAAUCCCAAGGACCCGCAGGACGCCGAGGUCGCAGGCAUGAUGAUGGAGAACCCGGAGCGGUUCGCCCGCGUCGCCCAGGACUGGGCCGUCCGCUUUGCCGGCGCCAACCGUCAGGCCUUUGACCUCAGCAAGUGGCUCACGAAGCACGCGAAUCAGCCGGUCCAGAACGCCAGCGAUUCAACUCGAUACAACGGCUACAACAAGGACCUGGUUGACCGCUUCGUCAACAUGGGCUUCGAUGUCGACGCAGUAAUCGACGCUUUCCAUUAUUUCGGUAUCGAUCGCAAUAACGGGCGAGAUUACGUGCUGGAAGAGGCCUAUAUGGGCGACAUCACAGCCCGUCUGCUGGGUGAGCAAUGA